GCAGCCGUUGUGAUUAGAUACGGUUGGAAAUCUUCUGUACGAAAAUACACGGAAAGCCUAAACAUUAUAGUUGCUUCUUUGUUUUUGUUUUUUGAAAAUGUUGCUGUUACGUUUAGGAUUUCUGCUGUUACUCUCUAUAAUUGCUGUUUCCACGAAGGAGGCAUGGCUGAGGCCCGGUUGCCAUAAAGUGGGGAAUACGCGCAAAAUAUCCAUACCGGAUUGCGUAGAGUUUCGCAUUACAACUAACGCUUGCCGUGGUUUCUGUGAAUCGUACGCGGUGCCGUCCAUACCCUGGGGCCUAGCAAUACCGGGCGUAUUUAAACCGACAAAACCGGUCGUUUCCGUGGGUCAGUGCUGUAAUAUAAUGGAAUCGGAGGAAGUACAAAAGCGCGUGCUUUGUAUGGGCGGCAUGCGUAAUAUAACAUUUAAAUCUGCAGUAUCUUGCGCCUGUUACCAUUGCAAAAAGGACUAACUCGAACCCAGCGAAUGUUAAACUAAUACAAACGAGUACACAAUACAUGUUUAUGAAGCAAAAGCUGCGCUGAAAAAGGAUUUUACAUAUUAUGUGAUUUUUAUAGGUGUUAAAAAUGUAAAUACGCUCUGAGCCAUGCCUUGUUGAAUAAUGCUGUACAAUAAAUAAAAGCAGUGCAUUUAAUUUUGACUGAUAUGUA